AUGACGGCUCGAGAAGCAAGGACAGUCAUCGUCGUGACCGGAUCGCACACCAUCACCGCAGGGUACGGCAUCCACGAGAUCCUCAAGCGUCCAUCCAUCUCGCUCAUGGCGCGUGUCGGUCUUCCACGCUCGGCUGCCUCGUCCUCUUCGGCAUCGUCGCCUCCGGACUACACGCAGUACCUAGUCGGAUCAGCUCUCGACCAAGCCGAACGAAGGGGAGAUGAUGUCGCCAUCUUUUGGCCCAUGCGCAAGGGAUACGUGCGCGACUGGCAACAAAUGAUUGCGUUGUGGAACUAUGUGCUCUUCCACCUAUUGCCCAUCCGUCGCUCGCACAACGACUCGAACGUGCUUAUCAGCCUGCCGCUACCCGUGUCUCGAUCCACCCACGCCUAUCUGACGCAGAUCUUCUUUGAGCACUUCAACUCGGCUGCCAUCACGAUCGCCGAAAAACCGCUUCUCUCGUGCUACGGCGUGGGAACGAUGAACGCGUGCGUGGUUGACCUCGGCUACGAGAGCUGCGACGUGUCUCCGGUCAUCGAGUGCAUUGUCCAGUCCAACGCCAACGUCAAGACCGAGGUGGGCGCUCGUCAUUGCAUCCUCUACCUCGCGCAUCUGCUGCGUCGAGACCAGAGCCUGGUCAAGGCGAUCCAGACGCUGCUCCGAUACACCCGCAAAGCAUCCGCUUCGCGAACCAGCGACGAAGCGGCACUGAAGAGUGCCAUCUACUCGCUGGCGCAACAGCUGUUGGAAGAAGGGCUGGUGCUGGACGAAGAGGCAUUCAAAAAGGGAGCGGGAGGAAUGAUCUCUGCGGUGGAUGGCGAAGAUGACGAGGGCAACUUCGACAUUGCAGCUGUGCUCGUAGAUGGCGCUAAGAAGCACGAUGAUGAAGAUGAAGAGAGGCGUAAGGCACUGGAAGCGGGCCAGGGCGAAGAGGUGGACGAAGCGAUUCUAGCUUCAAUCACGGGCGAAGACGGCCAAGAUGGUGGAUCGACUGACGAAAAGGCGGUCCUCGUCACAUUCCGAGGACUCAAGCUCAAGGUCGGCCCCGAGCGUUUCCGAUUCCUCGAGCCGCUGUUCCGACCCGAGCUGCUCAAGGAUGUAGCAGGUGCUUCCGAGUUUGGCAUUGGAGACGAGCCAUUUGGAGCGGGUCCCAUCGUUGCUCGAACAAACGGCACGGCCGACCUGUCGUCGUCGAGCCACGACAGCUACCCUGUAACGACUGCAUCGCCCGACUGGAGCCAAGCGAUGCCGCUGCCCCUCGCCAUCGCCAACGCCAUUUCGCGCGUCGAAGAUGCCGACCGCCGACCGCAGCUGUGGGAAAACCUCAUCUUUACAGGCCAACCGGCCAAGAUCAAGACGAUCCAGCUCGAGGCCAUCUCUGCGCUGUCCGAGUUUGUCGCGACGGAACAGACCGAGGCUGCGCAGGUGCUGGCGGAACCCAACCCGUUGCAGGCGCGCAACGUGCGUGCGCUGCGCGUGCCGGACUACUUUUCUGAAUUCAAGGAGCGCAAUGACCUAGCCCCUUUCCUUGGCGGUACGAUCUACGCCAAGCUCGUGUUUGGCGAUCCGCAGGCAAAGGCGUUUAUCACCAAGCAGAACUACAACGAGGCUGGGCCGAACCAGGCUUUCUCGGUUAAGCUCACUGCUUGA